CGCCUAAAGGUAUUUUUUAUAGUUUUUUAUUGUGUUAUCUAGUAGAUUUUACUUUUUAUUUUGUUUUUUCUACGGAUUUAUAAGUUGGCCCGACACUAUCUCGCCGUCCCGUCAACGAUGAGGUUCCUGUUAACCCUUGACCCACCUAUUCACAUGACCUGGAGCUUGCGCGCGUUCGCUAUGGACGAGGCACAGUGAGAGUCGCCGUCGUAGUGGUCGGCGUCCAGUCAUACGCCGCGAUAGAUUUUGAAACUACAAGCUGCACAGCACUGGAGUUGAGGCUCUGUGUAUAUAUAUGGGGAACGGGUGCUAAGUUCUUCAUAUUCCGAGUCUGUUUGCAUUAAAAAUCUUAUAAAUACUCAUUUGUAUUGCUUAGUUUUUCACAUUGCCCAUUAUGAAAGCGAUAUUUCAGCGAGUCUUGUCAGCGUCUGUUACGGUGGAAAAGGAACUGAUAUCCUCCAUUGGUAAAGGCGUCUUGGUUUUCGCCGCAGUUGCCCCGGGAGAUACCGAGAAGGAGAUGGACACGUUGGCUAACAAGGUUUUGAACAUGAGGAUGUGGGAUGAUGAAAUGGGGGGAAGAUGGAAGCGCAACGUGGCCGACAUUGAAGGCGAAGUGCUCUGUGUCUCCCAGUUUACAUUACUCGCCAAAACCAGGAAAGGUACCAAGCCAGACUUUCACGGUGCCGCAAAUCCCGAAGAUGCCAGCAGGCUGUAUCAUUACUUUGUAGAAAAGGUCAAGGCCGGCUAUCACCCCGACCGGGUAAAGGAUGGCAAAUUCCAAGCCAUGAUGGAAGUUGCUUUGGUAAACGACGGCCCGGUAACGUUGGAGUUUGAAGCCGGUGGCAAGCCUGCAACGACGUCGGCACACUAGCCUCUUCACGACUUACGACAUAGCAUACACUUCCAGCACACCACUCCCCCAUUAGACGCUGGAAUCACGAGUUUCUAUCAAAAGCACGUACAUAUAUAAUCGUAUAUCCUAUUUCGAACUUCUUAUACGUUUUUACUUUAUUUUUUUUAAAGCUCCGCGAUUUCAGGACGUCACCAGUUGACACUUACGUACUACCCUA